UACAUAUUUCUUUCUGGGCCAAUGGGAUUAGAACACCAGUUAGCCACGAACGGUCGGGUACUUUAGAGGGACGGGCUGUCGGCAGGUACCCAUUCAGCAAUAUCAGCGUGCAGGCUCUGCGUUAGGGAUACAUGAACGGGUUUGGAAUAGCAGUGUAUAUACACACGCUAUGUCUACCACUGAAAUGUACAUUCGUGUCAUUCACGGAGGUUGUCAGUUGCAACGAUGGGUUCAGCAAUAACAUGUUGAUUUCAACUGCUCGCACGUUCACCGUGGGAUUCAAGCAACACCUUGGGGAAAAACGAGGAUAGAAGAACGUUGGUUUUACAGCCCUGCCUCCAUUGUGAUGUUUGACAGUGACAUGUGUUUAUUUUAGCUGUACGAGUCCGAUGGAAUGUUGCGUUCUGGACUAUUGAUGGCUGGGGCUGUAUGUGAGAAUGUGGACCAUAAACAUGAAUCUGUAUUCAACCUGAUCGUGAGGUGUAUACAUGGGUGUGUUUGUUAACUUCGAAGUUACCUACAUCUUUAAACGUGACUAGAAUAUAUGGCUGAUGACUUCAUGAAACUGAACACGUGAUUGAGCUGCAUUGAUUGAUGUAGCUGUUGUUGAGAUGGAACGUCGUGGACUGCGGGCGUCGUCCCGGUGUGAAGGACAACACACAAAACAAAACUGUGUUUUGAACAUUGAGGCUCCGCGUCGCCGGGGCGAUAAAUUUAAGAAGAUUCUACAACCAAUUCUACGCAGGUUCGACCCGUCCAACCUCUGUGUUCACAUCAAGGAAGAUGAAACACCCAGUAAACUACCUCAUGGAUCGAAAUUCCAACAUGGCGGCAAUAUUCCUCGUUACCAAGACAACAAAGCUUUACUCUCCACCCCAGCGCUCGCUGUAAUGCUGUUUCUUCAAGAACGAGGAACAACAUCUGUUCAGGACGUAAAGAAAUGCUUUAAGAGACACCCGUGGAGGGUGCACCAUAAAAUUGAACUUCAGAGUAAACGGACUCCUUCGAUCAAGGUCGCUCAGCAGGAGUUUUAUUCGCUGUCUCGAGAGUAUCCUCUGUGGUCAGUGUGUCCGGUAUAUUCAGGUUUUGAACAUCUUCGCCUGAACUUAUUCGUGAACAAUUUUUCAGACAUGGUGGAGUUUUACCGUAUUGUGACAGACUCGGAGAUGGAGAGUACUAAACCAGACUUCUGUUUGUUUCCUGUGUCCGGUGAUGGAGAGUUUCAAGUGAUGUUGUGUCUCAAGCGGUGUAAGCAUCUCAGACCAUUUCCACUUUCUUGUGCUAACAUCAGCUUCAAGAUUCGGAAUAUUGCCAACCUAAAAUAUGUUCUCAGGACAGAUUUGCGUCAGAUUAAUGAAAAUACGUACACCACGACGGAUCCCGACGGAAAUCGGGUGAUUUUAGAAGAUGUCAACCAUAUUCCCUCCAGCUCGGGUUAUCACAAAGACAACACGUCACAUGUUGAUGACGUCACUUGUGACGUCACAAGUUUAAAGAGUGUGUGUGGAAGCCAUGACUCGGGUAGGUAUUCUGACAGUGACCAGUGUUCAUGCGAGUUGGAUCUAAAAGAAUCGAAAAAAGUGCACUUUAGUGAAUCUACAUAUGAACGAACGUUUGAAUAUAAUUCAGACUUCACGCGUAAUGUCACCAUGAGUGAUGAACGGAAGGAAAAACGUGUGAAAUGUAUGACCAGUAUCAGAGACAUGGAUCUGAGUUUUGAGGAUUAUUAUGACGAAACGUCUAAAAAAUGUUACCCUGGAAUGGUCAUUGCGCAUGCGCGGAUGAUUGAAAAUCUAAACGAAAUCAGAGCCAAAUCUGGAAACGUGAUCAGUGGACAGAAUUGGUCGCACAGUAGGCAAGACGGACAUUCUGGCCAGGGUAAAUGCAGUGGUCAGAGUCUUCAGUCACCCACAAGGGUUCCCAUCGUGACUGUUACAGACUGUUCGGGGAAUGUUCAUAACUGUAUCGAGAGAGUGAUUCACCCAAACACAACCAACCCCGAAUCUAACAGUUACGUAGAACCCAUAUAUGAAAACAUUCCGUACGGAAUUACAGACUCAAAAGACCAAAGUUGUGACGCCGUUUUAUGUGUUUCGAACGAUUCUGAAUCAGAAAGUGCUUCGUUUGUUAUCAGUGAUUCAGAGAACAACCCAAGUGACAUUCAAGGAUUGCCGAAGGCUUCUACCCCAUUUGGCGGGGUAGGUGGAGUUUGUGAGAGCACCCUCCAUAGGAAGGAACGGGCAUUAACAAGUUUUUCGGGUGGGUCGGAAGAUAUGAAGGGUGAGGCGUGUUUUGUGAAGAAUCUCAGGGAGGAUGUGAUGAGGAAACGGCAGGUAAAGCCGGUGUAUAUUUGACAAUAACGCCAUUGUUGCCGAAAUCGCUGCAUUCACCGGCGGUGGCAGAACCUAGCCUCGCUAUGAAUGGGUCUUGGAACUUGAUCCCAAGGGAAGGAUUAAGCUGGGGAAAUUGUUACUUGUGUUGAGGGUAAUGUACUCCCUUAGCUCACUUUGCCUCAAUACAUUUCAAAUCUCGG